AGUAAAGUAAAGACAGUUCCUUUCCGGCUUCCAACAACACUCAGACAGUCACAGUCAUCUCUGAUAGAAAAUGGCGGAAGGAAGAAGCAGGGGUAUUUCCGCCACCGCACUGCUUCUGUGUGCGAUUUCAUGGUGGGUUGCCGCCGCGGAAGGGGCAAAACUGCAGCCGCCCCUCCACCCAUUCCGCCGCCAAACGGUUCUGCAAAGGGGAAAUGGAAACCCCACUGUGAAUCCCAAUACCUAUGAUACUUCCAACUAUGGCAUUCUUCAGCUCAACAAUGGCUUGGCUUCAACUCCUCAAAUGGGAUGGAACAGCUGGAAUUUAUUUGCAUGUGAAAUUAACGAGACGAUCAUCAAAGAAACUGCUGAUGCGCUCAUAUCAACUGGUCUGGCAAGGUUGGGAUAUACAUAUGUGAACAUCGAUGAUUGCUGGUCAACUGCAUUGAGGAAUUCAAAGGGUGAGUUAGUCAAUGAUCCAAAAUCGUUCCCUUCGGGGAUAAAAGCUCUUGCAGAUUAUGUUCAUGCAAGGGGACUCAAACUCGGUAUCUAUUCUGAUGCUGGGAUUUUUACGUGUCAAGUUCGAGCUGGAUCACUACAUCAUGAGUAUGACGAUGCAGCACUUUGGGCAUCUUGGGGUGUGGAUUACUUGAAAUACGACAAUUGUUUCAAUUUGGGCAUUGAACCAAAGAAAAGAUAUCCGGUGAUGCGCGAUGCCCUAAAUGCUAGUGGGCGCAGUAUGUUCUAUGCACUUUGUGAGUGGGGUGUUGAUGAUCCUGCAUUAUGGGCUCCUGCUGUUGGAAAUAGUUGGCGCACUACGGACGACAUCAAUGAUACAUGGGCAAGCAUCACAACAAUUGCCGAUAUCAACAAUAAGUGGGCUGCAUAUGCUGGACCUGGUGGAUGGAAUGAUCCUGAUAUGCUAGAAGUUGGAAACGGUGGGAUGAACUAUGAGGAGUACCGAGCUCAUUUUAGCAUUUGGGCACUAAUGAAGGCUCCACUUAUAAUUGGUUGUGAUAUAAGAAACAUGACAGCUGAAACUUUUGAAAUCCUCAGCAAUCCGGAAGUCAUUGCCGUAGACCAAGAUCCACUUGGAGUUCAAGGAAGGAAAAUUUCAGUUUCUGGAGCAGAUGGAUGCCAAGAGGUAUGGGCAGGGCCUUUGUAUGGAAACCGCUUGGCUGUAGCACUAUGGAACCGAUGCCCGGAAGCUGCAACAAUCACUGCACACUGGGAUGAAAUUGGACUUGAACCGACCACCGCCAUCUCUGUUAGGGAUCUGUGGAAGCACGAAGUGGUUUCGGAGAAUGCGGAGGGAUCGUUUGGCGCUCAGGUCAACUCUCAUGGCUGUGACCUAUACAUUUUCACCCCUCACACAGCAGAGGAUAGUUCUUUCUUCUCUUCAUUGUGAUUUUUGUGUUGUGUAACACUUGUAUUAUUGGCUGUGUUGGCUAAGCUAGUUUAAUAAUGGCAUGUCCACGGUGCCACCCCGUGAACCUUUGUAUAAUACGAAGUACUUGGUCCGUCCCUGAGUGUUUGUCCACUUUUGACUUUUGGAACUGUUCAUCUAAGCACUUUGACUUAUCAAAUUCUCUCAAUGUGUAAGCCUAAAAAUAGU